UUUUUUUUUGUCACAUUGCCAAGUGAAAACAUUCAGCCUGUUACCUGUUAGCUGUAUGAUGGCGUAUUAGAGCCACUGUACGUAAGAAAAGAAAAUGGAGCUGGGAACUACAUUUGAACCCAGCUAUUCAAUAUUCUGCUGCACACUCACUCAGCAUUUCUAUUAAUGAAUCAAAACUUUGGAAUGCAACUCGCCCUGUGUCACAGGUGAAGUAACAGCAAGCGCCGCCCCUCACCUGACUCACCUGACACAAACCAGGAAACUGUUUGUUGUUCCUCCUCACAAAAGAGAGAUACACAGACUUUAAAACAGAUGAUCAGAUUCACUUUCAGACCAAACUAACAACUUCCUCUGUGAGUCCAGCUGCAGAAGAGAAGAGUGGGAAACUACAGCACUGCUGCUUCAACCUGCUGACACACUGAAGUUUCUCUCGGAGACGAAAUGAAUUUCAGGCCAGAGGAGGGUCUCUGCUGUCUGCUCUGUUGUGACAUCUUCAUAGAUCCUGUUCUUCUGCCCUGCAGCCACAGCUUCUGUAAAGACUGUCUGAAGAGCUGGUGGAGAGAGAAACUGACACGACACUGUCCAGUUUGUAAGAGACGAGCUCCAAAGGCCGUCUUACAGGAGAGAGAGCAGAAAUCUUCACAGACAUUCAAACUUCUCUGUCUUGACCAUCAGCAGUCAGUCAAACCCGUCGAUGAAGUUGCAGAUGAAUACAGGAUGGAACUUCAGGAAACUCUGGAGCCCUUGAAGGAAAAGUUAAGAGUUUUUAGACAAAUUAAAAGGAAGUUUGAUCAAACAGCAGAACACAUUAAGUUCCAGGCCCAAGACAUAGAGAGGCAGAUUAAGGAGCAGUUUAAAAAGCUUCACCAGUUUCUAGAGGAGGAAGAGAAGGUCAGGAUGGCUGCAGUGAGAGAGGAAGAGAAGCAGAAGAGUCGGAUGGUGAUGGGUAAGAUGGAGGCUCUGAGCAGAGAGAUAGCAGCUCUUUCAGACACAGUCAGAGCCACGGAGGAAGAGCUCAGAGCCGAGGACGUCUCAUUCCUGCAGAACUACGAGGCUGCAGAGGAAAGAGUCUGGCGGUUCUCCCUGCUGGAUGAUCCAGAGCUGGUCUCAGGGGUUCUGAUAGACGAGGCCAAACACCUGGGCAACCUGACCUUCAACAUCUGGAACAAGAUGAAGGAUACUAUGGUCUCUUACACGCCUGUGGUUCUGGAUCCAAACACUGCUCAACCAGGACUCAGUCUGUCUGAAGAUCUGUCCCGUGUGAGACGAGGACAGAAACAGCAGCUUCCCGACAAUCCAGAGAGGUUUGAUACUCACUCGUCCGUCCUGGGCUCUGAGGGCUUCGUCUCAGGGACUCACAGCUGGGAUGUGGAGGUUGGAGACAGUACAGACUGCCUGGGCGUGUUAGCAGAGUCUGUCCGUAGGAAGGGAGACAUACUGUCUGGAUUAUGGAUAAUAUGGUUCUGCGGAGGUAAAUACUCAGCAUGGUCACCCUCAGCUCCGGUCACUGAUCUCCCAGUGCAGCAGAAGUUCAAGAGGAUCAGAGUGAAACUGGACUGGGACAGAGGAAAGCUGUCUUUCUCUGAUCCGGAUACGAACACACACAUACACACCUUCACACACACUUUCACUGAGAAGUUGUUUCCAUACAUUGAAACUCUGCAUAAACUCCCAGUGAAGAUCUUACCACUGAAGGUCUCUGUGACAGUGGAACAUGGAUGAUUAAUUUAAUGUUUAUGUCUUAAAGGGAAAUAUAAUAUAUAUGUUAUGUCACGAUAUUUUUAGGCUAAGUCACGAUACACAAUAUAUCUUGAUAUUUUUAAAUCUUCCUGAAAGCACUUCAUAUAUCCACGAUUUAACCCUUUGGCGCAUAAAAUCACAACAGUGUGAUGAUACUCAUCCCUGCAAUGUUUACAUUUAGCUUUUUGUUUUUGUUGAUGCUGUGUCAUGUUUGAGAUCCGAAAAAAACAGAAAUAUUAAUAACUGCAUGUUCGGACAGCUAAUCAUUGUUUAGAUUAAACAAACUUUAUUUAUUUAUUUAUUUAUUUAUCUUAUUCUAGUCCAGACAUGAAAUGUGAUUCAUGUUUAUUUACAGAUAUGAAAUAUAUAUAGAUAUACAGAAUCUACACAUAUGGAAUGAUCCAAAAUAUACUAUAAACAGUUUUCUAUUUGAUGUAACGAAGGCAAGAUAUUUCUGUUGGUAAAACCUUUAAUUCUUUCAUCCACUACAACAACAAGAAAGUUUAUUUCAGUUUAUACAUUUAAAUUGAUCAUAAAUGCUGUUUAUGUCAUGUUUUUCAUGAUGAUAAUGAAAUAUUGUCUUGACUUGGUGUCAUAUUCUGCUUCUCUGCUUAAUGUUAAAGGUCUCCUGCGUCUGUGACAGAAAUGCAAAUAUACAAUAGGCUAGUUCAUAUAAAAAGUGACAAAAGUCUACAGUUUAACCUGCCAGCCAUCUUGUUUUUGUCCGUUUCUGUUGUGUCGUCACCAUCUGUUGGACUGGACCACUGGAGCUGGACA